GCCUUCGCAGUGAACACGCACCAACGAGCAGCGUCACAGUCAAGUAUUCUUCUAAAAAGAAAGGCAACCAGAUGAAAUAUCUUUUUUAAGAAAAUCAGGUCCUUGACUGAUCUUUUAUUUUUUUUGUUCAGCAUCGUCUUCAUGAUAAGAACAUCAACUCCAACUCCAGAUAGAAUCCGUGGUGCCGCGUUCUUCCAGCUGAAGAAGAUUCAGAACAUCCUCUCCCCGCAGAUUCCACCUAGAGACUUGAUGGACGCCAAUCAGGGUGGAUUCCCCGAGAUGAAGUUGUUCCUCUACGUCCGGGCAGCUGCCGUGGUUCGCUCA